AUGGCUUAUAUGACGGGCGUGAUGGGCUCUAUCAUCGGCAAGCUGGCCGCCUUGCUCGGCGAGAAGUACCAGCUCACCAGAGACGUGGAGCGCGGGAUCUGCUUCCUGAAAGACGAGCUGAGCACCAUGGACGCCGUGCUGCAAAGGCUCGCAGACAAGGAUGACGACUAG